UACUUUAUUAAAAAGCAUAGCACACAGAGAAACAUGUCAAACAGUAAAACGUAAGAAAUAAGCGAAUUGGCCCAACAAAACGACAGCAAAUUUGAAAUGUUGAUUUGCUUAGAGUUUAUACAUCUUACGGCUUACGUUUUUCUUUCGUACGUUAUGGCCUUUAAAAUAGAACAAUUUUUUUUAUACGUGCUUCCUUAUUUUUUACAGCACAUUAAUCACGGCGAUUUUUGAUUUUCUGAAGAAUGCGAAGGAAGAAAAACUGUUUUCCGCGCAUUUGCUAAAAAAAAUGGGGAACUUCGCGGCAAACGACACGGCAAUCUUCGAAAUCAUCACUCAGUCAGAGACUGUAGGUCCGAAGACAUUUACACGUUCCGUGACUAUCACUGCUGCAGUAUGCGCUAUAAUAUUCAGCAUUAUUGGAGUAUUAGGUAAUUUAGUGACGGUAAUUGCAUUAUUAAAAUAUACCAGACUGAGACGACACGCCACCACGGCUUUUGUGAUAAGUCUAAGCAUCUCCGAUCUGAUCUUCUCAGCGGUAAACUUGCCUUUAACCGCCAGUAGAUAUUUGAACGAAGCGUGGGUUCUGGGUGAUACUCUAUGCAAGAUAUUCCCCUUAUUCUUUUACGGGAAUGUCGCCGUAUCUUUACUCAGCAUGGUGGCAAUUACUAUUAACAGAUAUAUACUGAUCUCACAGUCGGACAUUUAUACCCAGUUAUACACUACUCGCGGCAUAAUGCUGAUGUUAAUAGGUAUAUGGACUCUAAGUUUCUUGAUGCUACUGCCACCCUUAUUAGGCAUCUGGGGUACCCUAGGACUAGAUUCGGCCACCUUCUCAUGUACCAUACUGAAGAAAAAUGGCUCGAGUCCGAAGAAGUUUCUGUUCAUCCUAGGCUUCAUCGUACCAUGCGUGGUGAUCAGUGUUUCGUAUCUCUGCAUAUAUUGGCGUGUACGGAGAAGCCGAAAGAAUCUCGAGGCCCACGCGGCGGAAAGCGGCCGACGAGGCGGUGGUUUUCAACGGCGGGAAGACUCCAGAGUGACCAGACUAAUGCUUACUAUAUUCCUCUGUUUUCUGCUGUGCUUCAUGCCGCUGAUGCUGGCGAACGUCAUCGACGAUAAGAUGAAGAUUCCGAUACUUCAUAUAGUGGCAUCCGUGCUCGCAUGGGCAUCCGCGGUGAUAAAUCCUUUCAUUUAUGCCGGCACCAACAAACUGUACAGGGAGGCGUAUAAACAAAUUCUGUGCCCCGUUUCAAGCAGGACACCCACGAUCGGUCCCAAACCGACGCAUUCUCACUCGAGUAAGUUCUCGGCACCCCAUACGAUAUAAAUAUAUCUUCCGUUCCGGAAAUAAUCGAUCGCCUCGAAUUAAUGGCGGCAAAAAAGUUG